AUGGCGCUCAGUACGACGACCGAUGCAUCGGUCGAUGUUAUCGCACAAAAACGGCUCGAGUGUCUGGAGACGCUGAACGAAACCGUCGACACGGCGAUAUCGGGACUCUUCUGCCCCGGGACAUGGGAUGGAUGGUUAUGCUGGCCGGACACAGCUGCAGGCACCUCGGCGUACGCCCUCUGUCCAAGCUUUAUAUCAGGUUUCGAUCCAACGAGAUUCGCCCACAAGGUGUGCAGUGAGAGCGGUGAAUGGUUCCGGCAUCCGGAGACGAACAAGAGCUGGUCCAACUACACAACCUGCAUCAACCUGGACGACUACGAGUGGCGGAAACAGGUGAACCUAAUAUACGAAACCGGAUAUGCCAUCUCGCUGAUAGCUAUCCUGCUAUCGCUCGCUAUUUUAAGCUACUUUAGAUCGUUGAAAUGCGCACGAAUAACGCUACACAUGAACCUGUUCGUCUCCUUCGCCUGCAACAACUCCCUCUGGCUGCUGUGGUACCGGCUGAUACUGACCGAUCUUGAUCUCCUCCAGGAAAGCGGUGCUGGCUGCAUUACGCUGCAUCUGGUGCUGCACUAUUUCCUCCUGACCAACUACUCCUGGAUGCUGUGCGAGGGGUUCUAUCUCCACACGGUGCUAGUGUCGGCGUUCGUGUCGGAGAAGAAGCUUCUCAAAUGGUUGCUGGCGCUUGGCUGGGGUUCGCCAGCCAUCUUCAUCGUCCUGUACGGGUUCCUGCGAGGCUACGUUAGCCCACCGAACGACACAAUAGAGUGCUGGAUGAACGAUAGUUCCUUCAACAAGGUGUUCGUCGGCCCGGUCUGCAUUUCGAUGCUGCUGAAUCUGGUGUUCCUGUUCAACAUCAUGCGGGUGUUGCUGCUGAAGCUAAAAGCACCGGCCGGUCCACAGGGUGCCGGUCCUUCGAGAACGAUUCUACAAGCCUUCCGCGCCACACUGCUUCUGGUGCCACUGCUCGGUCUCCAGUACAUACUUACACCGUUUCGUCCGGGCCAUGGCCAUCCGUACGAACGAACGUACGAAACUAUGCUUGCUUGCACUUCCUCGUUUCAGGGUCUGUUUGUGGCGGUACUGUUCUGCUUCCUGAACGGUGAGGUGAUCGCACAAGUGAAACGCAAAUGGCGCACCGUGUUCCUGCGUACCCGCGCCAACUCCUAUACUGCGACGCAAGUGUCCCCGGUCACCUUGCAGUUCGUCCGUUGCGGUCCACCAGUGCCCGGUGAGGAGAAAGUUUGACUAAACGAGUACACCGACCGCGGCCCAACCAAAUCCGCCCGUAAACCAUUCUCCAACCGCACCCGGAAGCGCUCGCUG